GCAAGAGUCCCACUACUGAAUGGAGAAAACAAGGUCCUCGGAGCAAGUUGUUGUCUUCCUCGACCAACACAAUCCUAAAGCUUCUUCGAUGGACGCCGAGAAUCCCCAAACUAAUGAGAAGCCCAAACACCCCCCGAUGAGAGCCCAAACUCUCAACUGUCUCAGCUUCUCAAAACCCAAAUCCCGAAUCCUAGAAUACAACUAUCCUCCACGCACCAAGCUACUAACCCCCGAAGAAAUCGACACCAUUCAACCUUCCUAUAAGAUCUCUUCCGACGACGACGACGAUUGGGAUUGGAGCGAAGAUGAGCAAGAAGAAGAUGACUCACAACACGACCCCAAGUUACACCCGAAGAGAAAGUUCAAAGUCAAGUGGAGGCUCAUGAUGGAAUGGGCCUUGUUUCUCAACAUAAUGGCCUGUUUGGUGUGUUCUCUUACCAUAUCUUCCAUUACAAACAUUCACGUGUGGGGUUUGGAAAUUUGGAAGUGGUGUUUAAUGGCAAUGGUCACUUUCAGUGGCCGUUUGUUUUCGGGAUGGUUAGUUGGCCUAACGGUUUUCAUCAUCGAACGAAACUUCAUGCUGAGGGAGAAGGUCUUGUACUUCAUCUACGGACUCAGAAAAAGCAUAAGAAACUGUUUGUGGUUAGGCCUUGUUUUAAUCUCUUACUGGAGUCUGGUGUUCGAUGAUGUCCAAAAGAAGAACCACAAGUUCCUCAACAAGGUGUUUCAAGCCUUGGUGGCUGUUUUAGUGGGUGCUACCAUUUGGCUUAUAAAGAUUGUGUUAGUCAAAAUACUGGCAAGUUCAUUCCACGUGACCACUUACUUUGAUAGAAUGAAAGAGAGCGUUUUUCAUCACUACAUUUUGGACACCUUGUCAGGGCCUCCAAUGGAAGAUGCUGAAGCGAUAUUGCAACAGCACCAACUCAAUGGCUCUAAGUCGAUGCCCACGAGGGGGAAGUUGAAGGAGGCAAAGAAUCAGCACAAGUCUAAGAGGUUUGGCUCGAGGAAGAUUGACAUGGAGAAGCUGAGAGAGCUUAGCAUGGAGAGCACUGCUUCUGCAUGGAGUGUGAAGAGGCUUGUUAGCUAUGUUAGAUCUUCCGGUUUGUCCACCAUUUCAAGGACUGUUGAUGAUUUUGGGAACGCCGAGUCUGAGAUCAGUAGCGAGUGGGAAGCUAGAAAUUGUGCACAGAAGAUUUUCAAGAACGUUGCUAAGCCUGAUGCCAAGUAUAUUGAAGAGGAGGAUCUCAUGAGAUUUUUGAAGAGGGUUGAGAUACAUACCAUUUUUCCACUCUUUGAAGGCGCCCUUGAAACUGGCAAGAUCAGCAGGUCUUCAUUUAGAAAUUGGGUGAUUCGAGCUUAUUAUGAACGAAAAGCUCUAGCACAAUCACUCAAUGAUACCAAAACAGCAGUACAGCAGCUUCACAAAUUAGCAAGCGCCAUUGUUAGUGUGAUAAUAAUCAUUGUGACCAUUUUGGUGAUGGGGGUGGCAACGGUCAAGAUAAUAUUAUUCUGCAUUACACAAACUGUUUUGAUAGGAGUUGCCUUCCAAGGUACUUGCAAGACUGUAUUGGAGGCCAUCGUCUUUGUCUUCGUCAUGCACCCUUUUGAUAUUGGAGACCGCUGUGUCAUUGAUGGAGUUCAGAUGAUUGUGGAAGAGAUGAAUAUCCUGACAACAGUAUUUCUUCGAUAUGACAAUGAGAAAGUAUACUACCCUAACGCAGUUUUGCUCUCUAAGCCAAUAAGCAAUUUCUAUAGGAGUCCAGAGAUGUGGGAUUCAAUUGAUUUCACAAUUGAUGUUUCAACUCCCAUGGAGACCAUCCUUGCACUCAAGAAAUCAAUACAAAUGUACAUUGAGAGCAAGCCAAAGUAUUGGAAUCCAAAACACGGUAUGAUAGCAAAAGGAAUAGAAAAUGUGGACAAGUUGAAGUUGUGCUUAUCUGUGCAACAUACCAUCAACCAUCAGAACUACGGUGAGCGAAACGUUAGGAUAACGGAACUUUUCUUGGAAUUGAAAAGGCUCUUUGAGAUCCAUGGUGUCAAGUAUCAUCUUCUUCCUCAGGAGAUCCAAAUUACCCAGAUGAACAUUGAAAAUGGGAAAGUCCUUUUUCAAUCAUAAAGCAAAGCUUGCUUCUCAUCUCUUUUUCAUUUAUCAGAAAUAUAUAAUUACCACAAUAAUCACUUUGUUAAAAGCUUUCAAAUUAUCUUCCUUUUAAAUUUCAACUCUCUAUCAUGUCUUAAUAGUUUAAACUAAGUUAAGGAGUGCAUUUACUGUGUUAUACAUUGUUAAAUUAUGAAUAGAAUUCAGUUACCAU